AUGCCGGCGAGCGCAAGAACGGGUCGACACUCGCCGCCCUGGGAGCCAGGCUCGGUUCCUGCCGGAGGCGGGUCACGCCCCCCUAACUCCCGGACCAGGCCACCGCCGAGCGGAGGCUGGAGCAGGCGGGUGGCGGAAGCUCGGCAACGCUCCCCGCCCAGGUGGGGAGCGCCUCGCCUCGCGCGGCCCCGGCCCCAAGACCCAGGCCCGGAAGGGGAGCGUCCAUUUACCUGCUCCCCGUUCUCGCUCGCCGCCGCCGUCGCCUCGCCGCUCACCCACGCUGCCAGGUGA